CAACAGCUCUCUCAUCCCAAGAAACAGAGUGUGCUUUCAACAAUUUACUCUAUUUUUCUAGAGAGAGAGGGAGGAUUCUUGAAACCUAAUAACUUCAUAGUGUCGACAUGGUUUGUCUGAAGGAUCCCUUGGUGCAGAAAGUGAGUGAUUUGUGCGAGAAAAUCUCAAGACUCGACAGCCUUAAACCCUCCAAAGAUGUCGACACGCUGUUUACACAUCUUGUUCUCACGUGCAUGCCACCAUAUCCAAUUGAUGUCACCAAAUUAUGUGAGAAAAUUCAAGAAAUGAGGUCUAAUCUCAUUAGACUGUGUGGGGAAGCUGAAGGGCUGCUGGAGAAACAUUUUUCGACGAUCUUAGGUUCUUUUGACAACCCACUUGACCAUCUUGAAAUUUUUCCCUAUUUCUCGAAUUACCUAAAGUUGAGUCGUCUCGAGUAUAACAUCCUUAGCCAACACUGCUCGGAUGUCCCGAGCCGCGUGGCAUUCCUAGGAUCAGGUCCUCUCCCUCUUACCUCAAUUGUCUUGGCUUCUUAUCACAUGACUUCGACUACUUUCCACAACUAUGAUAUUGAUCCAUCGGCCAAUUCCAUGGCGUCCCGCCUCGUGGAAUCCGAUCCUGAUCUGUCGAAAAGGAUGUUAUUCCACACUACUGAUGUUAUGAGUGUGACAGAUGCGUUUAAGGACUAUGACGUCGUGUUUUUGGCAGCACUUGUAGGAAUGGACAAGGAGGAAAAAAUUGGAGUCAUUGAGCAUUUGGUCAAGUACAUGAAGCCGGGGGCGCUGCUGAUGCUGAGAAGUGCCCAUGGGGCGCGCGCUUUUCUUUAUCCGGUGGUGGAUCCUUGUGAUCUCCGAGGAUUUGAGGUUCUUACAGUGUUCCAUCCGACAGACGAGGUUAUUAAUUCUGUUGUCAUUGCUCGCAAGUCUCUGGAUUUGCCUACACAUUCGAUUGAUCACGGGUUUAUUAACGGAUCCUUGAUGAUUUCAUGCAAAUGCGCUGAGAUUCAAGCCUUCAAUCCCCUCAAUCAGAUGAACAUGAUUGAGGAAUUGGCUAUGGAAGAUCAUCUGUCUUGAACAAUCCUCUCUCUCUACAUUGUUUCUGACUGGGGUGAUUUCCAGCAAAUAAUCUGAAUUAUUUUUAUGUUUUCAGUUAUGUUUAUGCAUUGGAGACACUUGCAGAAUGUCUCCAUUUUGGUGUGGUUUGCGUUACUUUCAAGAAAUUAAUAACAUACCUCUUUACCAUUGGUUUUUAA